ACUAUUUAUGAACAAACCCGAUCUUUCUCCCUCGUCAGUUACCAACUCAUCUAUAAAAUGGCCAACGAGACAUUUCAUUGUUUUCCACAAUUGCCACCAGAACUACGUCGUAUGAUCUGGGAGCACUGCCUACCCUAUCGUGUGGCACAAGUAGAUCCUUGCGAUGUCUUUUUUGACGGGAGAAAACCCGAACAACAAAUCUGCGAUGUCGAAAGCGUCACGAUUGAAAACACCAGACAGCCAGUCAUAGCAUUCGUCAGCACUGAAUCUCGUCAGGUUGCACUGGAACAGGGAUGCUGGUUACGAGAUGAAAACAAUUGGAAUGUCAUCAAGUCAUUCUGGUUCCAACGCCGGCGCGAUGUGCUGCAUCUCAAUUGGACCCCGGAGCGUGGCGAUUAUUGGUAUCGAUUCGAACACGACGAUGGUAGUAGUUGGGUCUACAUGUUUCUAUACCAGGCUCAUGAACUCAAGCUUCCUACCAAGGAACGCUCUAUGGUGGCAGAUGCGAUUUACCGAUUCAACUUAAAUACGCUGCGAGACAGCUAUGAUGAAUGGGAUGAUUUUAUACCGAAGAGUCCAAUCACCAAAUAUCGAGAGCAUGAAAGUUUUGCAUUAUCCGAAAUCAUAAACCAUACUGCGUAUUGGCCAGGAUAUCAACUCAGCAUUGACGUUAUCAUGGCAGCCAUUUCUCUACACAUCACCAAGGAAUCGGCUGUAAAAUCAGGCAUCUUUGGCUUGUUAGGCGAUGCGCCUAUACAGCUGAUUGACGUUGGUGAUGAGGUUCGGUUGAGAAAAUAUGAAGCAAUAUGCAAGGAACACAUGUUGUACGACAAGGAACCAAAAGUUCAAAAGAUGUUUGAAGUACUCCUGAGUCCUCGAUUUCAGGAAGCUGUGCAAGUCUGGAAAAGAAAGGCGGAAUGGCUCCUUUUUUCAACUAUGUGGAAGCAUGCACUAAGUGAUAAUAUUGUUGGACUGGAUAUGGCAUCUCUUUGGGUACCUCCACUGUAUGAGCGCGAUUGGGUCCGAAUGCGUGACUAUUCGCCUAAUGAAAGCCAUCCAUGGGUCAAGCAAGCAAAGGAGAAAAUGCCCAUACUCCGGCCGCACAUAAUGGUGCAUUAUUGUACUAAUGAGUGUUAUAUAGAGGGUCGACUUCGUGAGGACUUUAAAGCUGGUUGGUGGAGAUUCGAGGCUUGA